GAAGAGGAAAUGGAGGAGAACAUGGCUCCUAAGCGGGAGUUUCGUGCAAUCUUUUGACGAGAAAUACAUUUUCUUUCAUAGACUAAAUCAAUUUCAAAAUGACAUCUCACUUAUAACUCAAGCAUAUAUGUAUUUAUGUGCAUUGACAAAUUUGAUUGCCCGCCCUCUGAAGAGAACAAAAAAAUAACAUUCAAUAAUUGGUGUUUUAAAAAAAAAAAGAAAAAAAACAACAACUCUUCUAAGCGUCGAAUAAUACCAAGGGGUUGUUGUUGUUGUUGUUGUUGUUGUGUUGUUUAUACAAUUUUUCGUAACACGGGGUAUCAAUUUGUAAUCAACGAAUUCGAAGAAUCGGAUGUAAAAGUGUACAAGUGUGCAACGGUUAAUUGGAUGAUAAGAAGAAAACUUGGACGGUGGUGGACAAUAAGAGAAACAACAAAAUGGAUACUAAACCUCUACGAAUCGUUUCCGGUCUUCUUUUUUGCAUCUUUGUGGGCUCACACACUGGACAAGCAAUCCAUCAAUCAACUAAUUAUUAUGGAAGAGAGAUUGGUUCGUUCGCAAGCUAUGCUCAUGGUAUAAAAGGGACUAUAUACGCAGCAGAUGACACUACGAUAUUCAUAAAAGGAUUCUCUUAUGAUGGUACGGGUCCUGAUGCACAUUUUUGGGCUGGUAAUAGUUCUAGACCAAGCCCUGAUGGUUACAUCGUACCUUAUCCUGAAGAUUACAAGGGCAGAGAUCCACCAAAGUUGGAGGCGUACGACAAUACCGACAUUGUUUUAAAGUUGCCACAAGGGAAACGUUUGCGCGACAUACAAUGGCUGAGCGUUUGGUGCAGGAGAUUUACCGUCGAUUUCGGUGAUAUUUUCAUUCCACCGAAUUUAGAUCCACCAAAGCCACGAGUGUUGCCUGAAUUUUCAAGAUUGGCACACGGCCUUCGUAGCGGUAAUAUCAGCAUCCUCGAUAGUAAAACUAUCUAUAUUCCAAAUUUGCAUUACGACGGUGCUGGUCCAGAUGCCUAUUUUUGGGUUGGCACUGGCACAGAGCCACAUCUUUUGGGCACUAAAGUACCCAACGAAAUAGGAAGUUUGGAACCAUUGAGAGGAUAUCAAGGAGAAGAUAUUGAAAUAGUUUUACCAGUUAAUGUAACCGUCUAUGACAUCGACUGGCUUGCUGUAUGGUGUGUCAAAUACAAACAAAACUUUGGACACGUUCUCAUACCAAAAGAUCUUGACAUACCUCCUGCACUUGGACAGACAAAAAUUACGCCGCACUGGUGGUACAAACCGACGAGCAGUACGUCAGAACCAGCAACAUCCAAACAAGAAUUAAGCAAUUGCAAAGAAUUUUUGGAAGGACGUGUACAAGUUCAAUGGGAAUUGAUGGGUGAGGACGUGCAGAUUCAAGUUUCAGGUCGUAUCAACGAGGACCAAUACGUGGCAUUUGGUUUAUCGGGACGUCACGAUAAAUCCCACAUGAUUGGUGGCGACGUAGUUGUCGUGGCUUACGACAAGAAAAAAGGCAAAUAUAUUGCCGAGGACUAUUACAUGUCUGAUUAUUCACAAUGCGAUGGGAAAAAGGGUGUUUGUCCUGACGAAAGGGUCGGUGGCAAAAACGAUGCUGUAUUAUUACACGGUGAUAGAAGGAACGGUGUCACCACAGUAACGUAUAUGAGACCUUUACGCACGAACGAACCCGUAAAAGACAGGAUGAUCCCUGAAUCCGAAACUAAUGUGAUCGCUGCUAUUGGUCCUCUCAAUUCAAGAGGAGAAGCCAACGCUCAUGAGGCUUUCGACAAGACUACAGGGGAUAUACGUAUCGACUUUACGUCGAAAAAUGUCCACGAGUGUACUAAUUCCCUGUACAACAUCCCAGACAUGCCUGACAUUGAACCCUGGCCACAAGCCGUGAUCAACGAUGUAGAUACCUUCACUGCUAGGAUUGGACCAACUGGUGGACUUAGAGGAUAUUACCGUAUAACGGGUGAAGUUUCAUGGGGUAUCGCAUGGUAUAUAAAUGAUCUAUUAAUACCAGAGAUCACUGUGGAAAGAGGACAAACGUAUAAAUUUAUCGUAGAAGGUGGAAACGAUCCUACUAAUCCGGCCAAAUAUCAUCCGUUUUACAUAACGGAUAGUCCUGAAGGUGGUUUUGGACAAAAAACUGAAGCGCAACAAAGACAACAAAGAGUGUUUGCAGGUGUAGAAUAUGGCAAUGAUGGUUUUCCUUAUCCAACUGCUGUUGGUCGUUAUUGCGAAUGGGUUCAUAAAACGAUUGACAAAAGUAAAGAAUCAGAAACGUUCCAAAUAUUUUUCAAAACAUUGAGACUGGAGUGUGUUCCUGGUGAUCCUGCCGAUCUCAUAUGGACCGUUCCUGAAGAUGCACCUGAUUUAUUAUACUAUCAGUGUUACACGCACAAUAAUCUCGGUUGGAAAAUACACGUGGUAGAUGCUGGUUACAGGUCCCAAAGAAAUGCAAAUGACGCUAAUAAACAUACGUCAAUAUUGACAAUAAUAAUUGCCUCUAUAAUCGUCAACGCAUUAUUUGCGUUUUUAAGAUGAAUCAAUUCGCCGUUCCUUUAUUAACAUUAAAUGCCGUUAUAUUAUAUUAAAUUUCUCCUCGUGCUAUGAAAAAUUACAAAAAA